AUGGAGGUAACGUUGCUAGCAAACAAAUUUUUCAUGGUUACAUUUAUUUGCCUGGCAGAUCACAAUAGGGUUUUUGAGGGGGGGCCCUACUUUUACAACCAGGUUGGGCUUUUCGUCAAGCCAUGGCAUGCAGGAUUUAAUCCUUCCGAAGAGCUUCCGAAUCAGGUUCCGGUGUGGGUUCGAUUACCCAGAUUUCCUAUAGAAUGUUGCCGCGAGGAUGUUCUUCAGAUGCUUGCAAUGAAGCUCGGAAAGCCAGUGGGACCUUCAACACAAACCUUGGGUAAGAAAGUUAUGACUUUUGCCCGAAUGUGUGUGGAACUUGACUUGAGUAGGCCAUUGCCAGAUGCGGUGGAAAUGUGUGUAGGAUCACAUUCUUGGGUGCAACAAUUGGAUUAUGAGACCUUCCCAUUCCGUUGUCGCCUUUGUCAUGAAUAUGGCCACUUGGUGCAUAGAUGCCCAAAGGCCAGGUUAGCAGAAAAGCAACCCCCGCCUCCGCCUCGCAGCAGUUCUGGUGAUGUUAAAGGCAUGAAGCCUAUUGGUGGUGAAGGCAUGGAUGCUGAGGGCUUUGUUCAGCAAGAAAUUAAUCCUGGAUUCAUCAGUACAGAUCAAUUUGUGGCAGAUUCUAGAGUUGAGAAUACUCCCUCCAUUCCUAUCCCUGCUUCUCAUACGGAGUCAACCAUGCCUAUGGUCACGGAAGGACAGUCAGGAGCUCAAGCGAUAGUAGGGAUAAAUGUUGAUAUGCGACAGGGAGAAGAGAGUGCUGCUAUUCAAACAUGA